GCUGUGCUGUAUAGUUGCGUCACUUGUCGCGGCGGGGGGCGGUCCUGAGCGGAGCGAUGGCGUCCGUCGUUGGCACGUACCAGCACGAGAAGAGCGAAAACCUGGACGCAUUCUUCAGCGCGAUCGGAGUCCCGUGGAUCCCGCGGAAGAUGAUGACAAAUUCCAACCCAACGGUACAAGUCAGUCAAGAUGGAGAGACGUACAAAAUUCGGACGGUUUCAGCAACGAAGACGGUUGAGAUCACAUUCAAAGUGGAUGAGGCAUUUGAAAGCAGCCUUAUGUCUGGAGAGAAAACGCAGAACGUGGUUCGCAAGGAGGGCGACUCCCUGAUCCAAGAGCAGGACAGCUCGAAGGGCAAGAUCAUCAUCACGAGAGCCUUCUCCGAAAACGCCAUGGACAUGACGAUGGAACACAAAACCUCCAACGUGAAGGCCACGCGGCACUUCAAGAGGACCGCAUGAGGCGGGCGGUACUGCACACUCAGGACCGGCCGGCGGCUGACCGACCCCGCGUCCUCGGUCGGACGCCACGGGGAGCGAGGCCCAGGCCCGAUGGCAGCAGCACACCCCGUGCUGAAAGCGCCACCCUCACCACACCCCGCACCGCACUGAUUGUACGACGGUGAAGGCUUUAUUGGGGUGACGCACCACAGGAGAGGCUAUCAGUUGGACCAGUCUUUCUAUGCGAGGUUAGCGGCAUGUAACUGCAGCUGAAAUGUUAUUUAGCGCUAGAACAAUUAUUUUAGUGCGAAUCCUUGCGGCAGCAGAUUUCUGAUGGAGCGCUCCUUGUCGUCGAACUUGGUACCAGCGGUUGUCUCAAAUCCCACCAGUGUUACGUAUCAGCGACUUUCUUCACCACAGGCUUCCUGGACGACCUCCCUCACCAGACUGCUCGCCACCUCCAAGACGCAUGUAUCUUUUAUACCAAUACAGCGUACCCACAGAAC